AGCCCAGGAAUCAGGCGAGCUCGGCCGCCGCUCCGCCCCCGGAAGGCCCGCUGUCGGGAUUGGCGCAGCGGUGGAAGUGCGGCCUCGGGGAGGAGGAGAGAGUGGCCUGGCAUCCAGGGCUUCGAGAGAGAGUGGGGGGUGACGAUCGAGGUUAGGAAUGUAUAGAGCUGUUUCCCUCCACAGGGUGCUGGCAGUAGGAUUCCUGGCAACUGGGCGAUGCAGAGGAUGGCCACCCUCGUGGAGUGGCUGUGCCCCGCUUACAGCCCCCACAGCAGAAGGGCAGGAGAACCAGCGGACAGUGAACUCCCUGCACUCUCUGUUGGUGGAUGUAACCAGAGUCCGGCAGCUGAAGAGUUGGGUAUUGCUGGCCGACGAGGCUUACGUCAGCGAAACGGCCGACAUUUUGAAGGUGAUGGGAGCCGAGGAGAAGACAGUGGCGAGGAUCUUACAACGAUAUCCAGAAGCUGUUCUCUGUCCACCAUCGGAAACCAGGGCCCAGUGGGCGUUGUGGGCCUCUCUGUGCCCUAACAAGGAGGAGCUGCUGAGAAUAGUUGAGCAGUGUCCUGAAUCUUUCUUUAUCAUCAAAAACUCCAGGAACUGGCAGGACAACGUCAGGUACCUGGAGCAGUUAAACCUAAACAGGAGGAUUAUCAGACACUUGCUGGCCACAUGCCCACAGAUCUUCUGCAACGACGUGGGGAGAAAUCGGGCUAUGGUUGAGGCUCUGCAGAAGGCCUUCCUUCAGCUGGGAGGGACCCAAGCCAACAUGAAUACCUGGCUGGUGAAACUGUUGAGCCAGAACCCCGUAGCCUUGCUGAACCCUCCAGAGAAGCUGGUGGAGAACUUGACUGGUCUACAGGCCAUGGGCUUCAGCCCUAUGGAGUGCCUGCAGCUGAUUGCCAAACUCAGGGGGUUAAUCCUGGAGCUAUCCCCCCAUGGAAUGGAGGCUUGUGCUGGGUUCUGCCAGCAGGAACUGCACUGUAGUAGCCAGGAGCUGCGGAGCUUGGUGCUGAGGUGCCCAGGCCUGUUGUACCUCUCGGUUGAGGUGUUGCAGGAGCGGCUACAGGCCAUCCUGAGGGACGGGUUCUCUGUAGAGCGGGUGAAGGAGAGUCCAGCCAUUCUGGAGGUGUCCACACAUAUUCUGCAGUACCGGCUGCAGAAACUGCGUGCGCUGGCUAACAGCAAGGAGAGGGACAGCCUGGAUCUAUUGGCUGCAACCAGGAAGGACUUUGAGGCCGGUUAUGGAAAGAUGGCACGGAGGCAGGAGCGGCCACUCUUUAAUCCAGUGGCUCCCUUAGACAUCGAGAACUGAGGAUGGCAAGUUACUGACGGAACUGAGACAACUGUGGAGGUGUCUCCCACCACCGACCCAGAGCUGUCCACGUCCUGCUAACCAUGGUAGGGUAGUGGUUAACGCGAUAUUACAGCUCGGGCCGUCGGAGUUCAGAGUUCAAUUCUGAUGUAUAUUCUCCCAGUGAGCACGCGAGUUUCCUUUGGGUGCUCCAGUUUCCUCCCACAGUCUAAAGAGUUACUGGUUAGUAGGUUAAUUGGUCAUUAUGAUGAAGUUAGGGUUAAAUCAUGGGGUGCCGGAUGGCAAAGCUCGUUAACCAGAAGGGUCUGCUCUCUGCUGUACCUCGAAAUCAGUAAAUAAAAUCACCACGGCAAUGAAGUGUAGGUCCCUCCGCCAACCCGAAGCUGGGACCACCAUGGGUGUGUUACACCACAACUCUCCCACCUGGGAACGUCCCAGAGCUGAUCGGGAGGUAAUACUGUCUGACUUUCAUGUUCUGUGUUUGGACUGUCGGGGAUGCUCAUGUGAAUUUAUGUAAAACAAUAAACUGAAUUUACAGAAAUGGUUUCUUCUAAUUGGUGAAUCUGCACAGGAGACUUCCUUCUCCCUCCACCACCUUGUUAUCUCAGCCAUGCUUCCUCCCGUCCUGCUCCUACUGAGGAAGCCCCUUUACCUUAUUUACUUAGGUAAGCCCAUCACCCUACUGGGGCACAGGCUGCUGACAGGACAGCAGCUCGCCAGGGCCCUCUGUCCUGGGACAGCCAGUCUUUCAAGUUGUCAAAGGUCCUUCCUCUCCCAGGGAUGAGGUUUUUGGGCUUCUGUUGGUGUUUCUGUAGCUCUGGGUUUUAUGGGAUGUGGUUUCUAGCCCCCUGCCCAC